AUGACGUGCCAAGCCAGCAACGAUGACGGCUCGACUCGCCUCGAGUUUGCCUGCACAGGUGUGAGCUACGGUAUCGGCUCGGAUAUCGCUGUGGAGUCGGAGGCCACGCGAUGGCUCGGCGUGCACCGCUACCUCUACCUCAAGAUCAAGCGCGGCAUUUUCGCGCCGCACAAGCACGAGGCCAAGGUCAGCUACAUCCUGUCGGACAACACGCCGGUGGACCCCGAGACGGGCGAGCAGGUGCUGCGCACGUACUACGAGAUCAUGGACGAUACUGCGCAGGACCAGCAUAACGUGGAGCGCUGCAGUAUCUACGACGACUCGGACCCGGACAGCAAGCAGUGGAAGGGCGACGCCGAGACCAUUUUCCACCCUGCCAGCGAGGAGAAGUACGCUGGCCAGUGGCAGAGCUUCACGUCCGAGCUGACGUCGGCUGGCGGCUCCAACGUGUACUUCGAGACCAAGUACGCGCACCCGUCGGACGGCAACUUAGACCUGAUCUACUCCCGUAAGGGCAACGUCAUGCAGACGGCUGAGAUCGCCGUACGCUACCUGUCGAACACGUUCCUCAAGUCGGAGCUUGUGGGCUACUACAAGGUGAAGGCCAUGGUGAUCGAGCCUAUCGUCGAGGACGUGCUGAACGUGGACGGCGAGGUGUUCGCGGGCCCGGGCCCCUUCCGCAUCGAGGUGGUGCCGCAGCUUCUGUGCGUGCUGUCCGAAAAGUAA